AUGGGUGGUGGGGGGGGAGAGAAUUGUAUGUUAAAGCUGAGAUUCGAAGAUCGGACGCUGGGCCUAAUGCAGGUUCGGGCUUGGAGCUUUAAAGGAUUUAACAAUCAGAAUAAACCGUUCGUUCGCCACAGCGACUUCUACGUUGCCAUGCAGCGGCACACGUCGUGUGGGUGUGGGCAGUGCGCCAAAAAGGUGGCUUGCACCGAAAUGCAAGAACGGGUCGGAUGCGAGUGCCGGUGCAGAAACGCAGCUCAGUGCACAGGUUUCAAUCAGAAGUGGUCCAACGACAGCUGCCAGUGCGUGUGCGCAAACAAAACCUGCGCCGAAGGUCACACCCUCAAUCAAGCCUCGUGCAGGUUUUCCUUUCGCUUGAUUUAUGUCGCUGUUUGUCUGUUCUACACGCGAUUUCUCACAUGA